CAGGAAGACACGGGGACUUCUGCGACCAUUGAAGGGGUGCAACCGAACAAAAAGAAGAGAGUCCCAAGACCUAGAAGCGGAAGCUCAAAAACUACAAGUUUCCUCUAUUCGCACUAUUGAUAACGGAUCUUGGUAUAAUUUAAAACUUCUUGUCGACAUUUCAAUGAGCUUACAAGUGGAGCCUUUCUGAGCUUUAAAUUCUUAAAUUAUGCAGGUGCAGGUUUUAAGAAGUUUGCGCUUCACGUCAGUUGUCUUAGUCUCAGGGUUAUGUACAUGCAAGUGGGGCUAUCAACCUUUCUUAAAUUAUGCCAGUACACAUGUACUUAGUAUUAAUGCGUCUAAAACUCGUAAAAAUACUUGGAGUUUGAAAACAAUCCAGUCGAAACAGGCCUUCUGCUCAAAAAGUUCAACUGGUCCUGAAUGCGCAUUACCAGCUGUGACCUCAUCAUCAAGUACUACUGAGCUGUCAAAUCAAGAUGUGAUUGAAGGGAAAAUGUAUAUUGAAUUUACUUGCAAGAAGUGCGCUACUCGAUCCAGUAAAUAUUUUUCAAAGUUAGCCUAUGAAAAGGGGAUAGUUAUUAUCCGUUGUGAUGGAUGCCAAAGUCUACAUUUAAUUGCUGAUAAUCUUGGAUGGAUUAAGGAUAAGCAUUGGAAAUUAGAAGAUUUUGUCAAGAGGAGUUCACUAUCGACUCCAACACUGAUCAGAAUAUGUGAACCAGGUGAACACACCUAUUCUACAGCGAAAAUGAUCUCUCUUUUAUCAGUGCAUUUUAAAUUGUAA